UCUUACAACAAGCUUUCAUUACGUUAGUUUUAAUAAAAUCAAUGUCUAGAAAUGUGUUGUAGCUCUUUUCUUGUUAUCAAAGUUUAAAAGAAACAAUAUAAGUACAAUAAAUAUUUUUAUUAAUUACUAUCAGACGACGCCCUGAGCCGGGGUUCGCGCCCAACUGGGCACCCGCAGGCCUGUUGUCUUAAAUUUUGUACCGGGUGAGAGCACUCACAGCGCUCCCCAUUUUUGCGGUGAAGUAGUUAAUGUCAUUUGCGGCAAAUCUACAACAAGUCACGUUCAAAAUGAUAAUUAAACAAAUUAAGCUGUGUGUUAUUGUGUUAGUGUUUAUAAAUAGCGCUUUUAGCUAUGGAUAUCGUAAGAAAAACAAUCUGAAACAAGUUUUCGGUUGGGAUCAAAUUGGAUACGACUUCGACGGAGUACAAUACACAAACAACACAGACCAUGAACACGAUCCAAAGGGCGGUGUGAUACAUUAUGACGAUGAAAUAGCAGAGUCGCGGAAAUUCUUCAUUGCUUAUAGCAAUGUUCCCAUCGGGUUUGAGGUCUAUGGUGACCGAGUGUUUGUCACCGUGCCCAGGAGACGCCAUGGAAUCCCAUCAACCCUGAACUACGUGGAUUACCAUGCCAAUCAGAAGGCAUCGACUUCGCCCCUUCUCAAGCCGUAUCCUGAUGUAGCGCGAAGUAAGCAGCUGGUGUCUGUGUACAGACCAAGAGCUGAUGUCUGCGGAAGGUUGUGGAUGGUGGACACAGGACUUAUCGAAGUACCCGGAGAAAGGAGACAGCUACAACCGCCGGCCAUCUUAGUGUUUGAUUUGACAACCAACCAACAAAUACUGCGCUACGAACUCAAAACCACUGACUUGGUCGACGAGAGGACUCCAGCAGGUCUAACCUCUAUAACGGUGGACGUAUCACCUUCAGCCUGUGACGACGCUUAUGCAUACAUCAAUGACUUGGCCACCGAAGGGCUGGUGGUCUUCUCCUUGAAGCUGCGAGACAGUUGGCGACUCCAGCAUCCCAGCUUCAUCCACGAUGACAGCGCUAUGAACUUCACUGUUGCAGGUAACAUUAUAAACUGGAAGGACGGCCUCUUCAGCAUAGCUCUGUCAGGCUCUGAUGCAAAUGGGAGAAGGAAUGCAUACUACCAUCCUCUGGUGUCCACCCAGGAGUUCUCUGUAGAUACGGAGGUGUUGAAGAGGAAAGAUGGAUCCUUAGAAGUGCACGUUCAGCUACUCGGCAGCCGCGGGAAGCUCGCCCAAUCCGGUUCACACGCGUAUCACGCUGGCACCAGAACUAUUCUGUACGCCAACGUGGCCCAAGACGCUAUCACGUGCUGGCAUGUAGACAGUGCCAUGACACCACACAACGUGCCUAUACUCGUUCAGGAUAGACAGAAACUUGUUUAUAUUUCUGAUUUAAAAAUAAUAGGCGACGAGGUGUGGGUGCUUGUCAACCAAAUACCAAGAUUCAUUUAUUCUACUUUGAAUGCCAGUGAAACGAAUUAUUAUAUUCACAGGGGGCACGUACAAGAUUUAAUUCGAGGUACAGCUUGCGAUCGACUACAAGUAUAGCAUCUGAGAUACACCCACUCCACACUCACAGAUCCCUGGUCACACUACCAACUUGUGGCUAGCGGGGUGCUCUGCCCUUGAGGAGAUGAACCUCCUUUUAUAAAUAAAAGUCCGAACUGGAUGGGUAUCUUGUAUUGUUCAUCAACACACACGGAAUUAAAACACAUAAUAACGGGUUCUUACCGCGUUUAAAAUCUCAUAUCCCCAUUUUAAAGGCGGUAAGAACCCGUUAUUAUGUGUUUUAAUUAUGAUAAGAACCGCGUAAACUUAAAACAAUGUACACACGGAAUUAUUACUAACACAGAAGGUUACAUACAAAAAACUAUAUAAAAUCUCGGAGCACUGCACUGCACCUGUCGCCUAGUAAGCCUUUCACCAAGAGAAAGAGGUGGUAAUUAAACAAUGAUUUGCUCUGCAUAAGACGACAGGCGCUCCAACGGUACUUUACAACUAUUUAUCUAUAAUAUUUAUUUUUACCAACACUACGUUAAUAUCUUUGUGAUCUUUGUUUGUAUGUACUAUGGAUACUUUAAAUCUGAAAUAAAAAUAAAUUUAUUUUGAUUUCCACAUUUUUCUACCAAGCGUAUCAUAGACACUUUGAAAUGGCAACCUAAACAAAAUGGCGUCCAAGACCUGUCAAUUUGCA